GAAAGGGAGGGGGAAGUAAGGGAGAGGGAGAAGGAAAGGGAUGGGGAAAGGGGAAGAAGAGAGAGAGCGGAAGAGAGAGAUAAAUCAGUUACAUCGGAUUUAAAUAUUGAAAAUGACAUGAAAAGUUAUACUCAAAACCUGCAACUAGACUUUAAAAAAUGCUGA